AUGGACAACAGCUUCACUUGUGGCGAGACCAGUGACAUAUCAUAUGAAGACCAUGAUUCCGCCUUCCUCCCCUCUCCAUUGAGAAUGAGGACUCCAGCAGAACGUGGUGAUAUGUGCGAUGUGGAUAAUGGGAAGAACAACAAGGCCACGCCCUCGGAAACGUACAUCGUUCCCAGUAAUUCAGAUGCCUUCCUGAACUUGAACACCAAUGCCACCACCAGAGGAGACGCUCAGGCAUAUGUGGAACUGAAUGAGCUAUCGGGAAACACCUGGCAGGAAACAGGCCGAUGGGUGGGCUUUGAGGAGAACUUCAAUGCCACUACAGGAAAAUGGGGACCAUCCCACAUGUCCUACCUGACCUUCAAGAGUCUCAUCCAACUACGCAAAACCAUAAGCACAGGUGCUGUCAUCUUUGACCUGAAUGCUAGCAGUUUGUCAUCUGUGGCUGAGAAGGUGGUGGACGCACUUGUCAACAAGAAUGAGAUCCGAUUGAGCGAUCGGGACGCUUUGCUGAGAGCACUCCUCAUGCGCCGCAGCCAAUCUGACAGACCUGUGGUCACACCCUCUGGGGACAUCGAGAUGCAGACAUUUUCUGUUUCUAACAAGAGGGAUAAUUCUGACAACAUGGAGGCCUCUAUUGUCCUCUCAGGUUCCCUGGAUCUCCUGGAGAAGCCAGUGGUGGCUUUUGUUCGACUGAGAGAUUCCGUGGUGAUGGAUUCUGCACUUGAAUGUCCCAUCCCCGUACGCUUCGUGUUCAUCUUAGUAGGCCCCAGCCAGAGUGGUAUGGACUACAGCGAGAGCGGUCGUGCAAUGGGCACUCUGAUGGCUGACUGGGUGUUCUGUUUGGAGGCAUUCCUGGCGCAGACUGACCAGGAUCUGACCAACGCCAUCGCUGACUUCAUGGACUGCAGCAUCGUCAUUCCUCCUACGGAGAUCCAAGACCUUGGGAUGCUGGAGCCCAUCAUCAAGUUUCAGAAGAAAAUGCUGCAGGACAGACUGCGCCCCACCGACAACCGUCUGGCCUUCGGUGACAGGGUGAAAGUUCCAAAAGCCCCGGAGCCACCCAGAGAAGACCCCCUGGCCCGUACAGGUUUUCCUUUUGGUGGCAUGGUAAAAGACAUCAAGCGUCGCUAUCGCCACUACAUCAGCGACUACACGGACGGCCUUAAUCCUCAAGUCAUGGCUGCAGUUAUCUUCAUCUACUUUGCCGCUCUGUCACCAGCCAUCACUUUCGGAGGACUUUUAGCUGAUAAAACAGAGAGGAUGAUGGGUGUGUCAGAGCUAAUGAUCUCCACUAGCAUCCAGGGUGUCAUCUUUUGCAUCAUCGCCGCACAGCCUGUCCUGGUUCUUGGUUUUUCCGGACCGCUGCUGCUCUUUGAGGAGGCUUUUUACAGUUUCUGCAAAUCACAGGAUAUUGAGUACAUUGUGGGUCGCAUCUGGGUGGGUAUGUGGCUCAUCAUAAUUGUGGUGAUCAUUGUGGCAGUGGAGGGCAGCUUCCUGGUUCGUUUCAUCUCCCGAUUCACCCAGGAAAUCUUCUCCAUCCUCAUCUCCCUCAUCUUCAUCUACGAGACCUUCAAUAAACUCUUUAAGAUCUUCAAGGCCCACCCUUUGAAUUUGAACUACAAAAUUCUGAAUGACACCCUGGAAAGCCCCUUCGACAGCUACUACAACAUUACUACCAAUGGCACAAUACUCGUUCGCAAUGCGCCGAUCAAGGAUGCUUAUCCUAACACAGCCCUGCUCUCCUUGUGCCUUAUGUUGGGCUGCUUUUUCAUCGCUUACUUUUUACGUCAGUUCAAGAAUGGCACAUAUCUGCCCGGUUGGCUACGACGCUUGAUUGGAGAUUUCGGAGUCCCCAUUGCUAUUUUCGUCAUGAUUGCUGUGGAUAUCAGUGUUAAGCAUACUUACACUCAGAAACUGGUCGUGCCAAAAGGUGUCCAGGUGACCAACCCUGAUGCCCGCGGCUGGUUCAUUAAACCAAUGGGAGAGAAAAAGCCGUUCCCCAUUUGGAUGAUGGCCGCCUCCUGCGUCCCUGCACUGCUCGUCUUCAUCCUCAUCUUCCUCGAGUCCCAGAUUACCACGCUGAUUGUUAGCAAACCAGAGAGGAAGAUGGUCAAAGGCUCUGGUUUCCAUUUUGACCUGCUUCUGCUUGUCGUUAUGGGUGGCAUCUCAUCCAUAUUUGGAGUUCCCUGGCUGAGUGCUGCUACAGUGCGCUCUGUCACGCAUGCCAAUGCACUCACUGUCAUGUCUAAGGGCCCCAAACCAGAAAUUGAAAAGGUUGUGGAACAACGUAUCAGUGGCAUUCUGGUUGCCAUCUUGGUCGGUGUCUCUAUCUACAUGGAACCCAUUCUGAAGAUGAUCCCAAUGACAGCUCUUUUUGGAAUCUUCCUUUACAUGGGUGUCACAUCCCUGAGCGGAAUCCAAAUGUGGGAUCGAAUGCUCCUUUUGAUCACCCCCAAGAAAUACCAUCCAUCUGACGCAUACGCUACCCGGGUGUCGACAAUGCGCAUGCAUCUUUUUACGCUGAUCCAGCUGGUGUGUCUGGCUGUACUAUGGGUAGUGAAAAUGAGUCCCUUCUCCUUAGCACUGCCUUUUGUCCUGUUGCUCACCGUGCCACUGCGCAUGGUAAUGACUGGCACACUCUUCUCAACCAUGGAAAUGAAAUGCCUGGAUGCGGAUGAUGCUAAAGUGAAGUUUGAGGAGGACAUUGGAGAGGAUGCGUACAAUGAGUCCCCACUUCCAUGA